AAUUUCUAUGAAAACUGCGGUGAUAUAGGAAUAGCAUUAUGUAACGUUCAUAAUAUCAUUAUGCUUCAUUAAUAAUAGCAUUAUGUAACACCCAUAAUAGCACCAUGUUAUAUUCUUACUUAAUAGUAUUAUUUAACAUUUAUAAUAUUAUGUUACAUUCAUCAUAACAUUAUGGAACAUUUUUAAGAUCGUUAUAUAGCAUUCAUCAUAGCAUUAUGCCACAUUCAACAUGCAAUUUAACAAAAUCUUGAUAAAAUAUGUCGAAAUUUACUACUUGUCUGGGGGCGCCUAAAGUGUCUUUGCUCUUGGAUGCUGCUACGAACCCUUGCCAUCCCAUGACUGGACUUGUCUUAAAUUAAUCGUCGAUAUUAAUAUUACUAGGACCAAUGUUAAUAAUAUGAUGUUUCAGAAAAAAUGUUUCAAGUAUUGGCCCGACAGCGGCGAGAACAUGAAGUAUGGUAAAAUCUCUAUGACAUUGAUGAAGGAGGAUAUUUUUGCUCACUUCACUGUUAGAACUCUGAAAAUAACAAAGGAUGAAUGUGGAUCUAGGACUAUUAAACAGUACCAUUAUACAUCAUGGCCUGAUAAAGGUGUUCCUAAUGAUAUGGUGUCAUUGGUUGAAUUCAGAAGUAAAGUCAUUAAAGCCAGGUCACCACAUCCAGGACCAAUGGUAGUACACUGCAGUGCUGGUAUUGGACGAACAGGAACUUUUCUAGGUUUAGAUAAGUUGAUAGGAGAAGCUAGAGCAGAAGGAUCUGUAGAUAUCUAUAAAUGUGUUAAACAGAUGAGAUAUGAACGAGUUAACAUGGUCCAGACUUGGGAACAAUAUGUAUUUCUACAUGAUGCGUUAGCGGCUUGGUAUGUCGCGGGAGCUAUUACGUUUCCGGUGACGUCAUAUCAACAAGAUUAUCAAACACUACUAACGGUCAAUAGUUCAUCUGGUAAAUCACAGCUUCAGGAACGAUUUCAGAUGCUUGAUGAUGUAUGCCCACAACAAAGAUCAACUGAUUGUUCAGUAGCUUUAUCAGAAGAAAACAAAAAUAAAAACAGAGAUCAGUCAAUACUAGCAUCGGAUAAAACUAGACUGUGUUUAUCUAGAGCAAAUACAACAGAUUAUAUCAAUGCUUUGUUUAUAUCGAGUUACAAAAAGAAACGUGCUUACAUAUUGACCCAGACACCCUUGUCAAAUACAGUGAUAGAUUUCUGGACGAUGGUUGUAGAACAAGACGUUACUACAAUAGUUAAUAUGGAUAUUACAGAAACAGGAAAAGAUAUUGGACAAUAUAUACCAGCAACUGAUGAACUGAACUGUGGACCAUAUAAUAUUAUAAAACAAGAUGAAACAACCCAUGAGAAUGGCAUUUAUUCAGUGGUUACCUGUUUAAUUAACAGUGAAUUAGAUAACAACAUAAAAAGAAGAAUCCAAAUUUAUCAGUGUAAUUUCUGGAAUCCGAAGAAAGGGGUACCAACUUCUGCCAGUCCAAUAUUCACUAUGUUAGAAGAUAUAAAAACAUGGUCUCAACGAAAUGAAGAUGGGCCUAUCAUAGUUCAUUGUCGAAAUGGCGUAGAGAAAUCGGGUGUAUUCUGUGCUCUAGCAGCUAUAUUAGAAAGAUUAACUAUAGAACAAGAUGUCAGUAUUUUACAGACUUUAGUUCAACUACGAGUUUCUAGACCUCAGAUUAUAACAUCUUUUGAGCAGUUAAAAUUUUGUUUUGAUGCAGUUGGUGAAUAUCUAGAUGAGUUUGCUGUUUAUGCCAAUUCCUGCUAAUAUUUCCUGCUAAAUACUAUUAAUAUUGUCGCUAAUUCUUGCUAAUAUUUAAUACUCCCAGCUUAAAGUAUGUAAAUAUAUUAUAUAUUUUUAUAUAAAGUAUUGUUUUAAAAAAUCAUAUAAUUUAUUCAUAAAUAAACAAAUAAAAAUACGUCCAGAGAUAAACAAAUCAAACAUAUUCAUUACGUGCGCGUUCGAUUAUAAGAUCAGUCAUUGAGUCGAGUGGCGAUUCUUCAGUUUUACGUGACAAGGGGUUGGGUCACCUAUCCAAUCUGGUGGAUUUUCUCCGGGUACUCCUGUUUUCUCCCACAUUUUCUAACCUUUACUAAAUAAAUAUAUUCUUUGUAUGUAUUAUAAUUGUAUCAUUCCUGUAUGUUAUGUUUUUGUUAUUGUUAUAAUAUUUUCUAAUUUAUACCAGGAAAUGCAUUCUUAAUUUAAGUAGCCAAAUUUUAUGUUAUUUAUAUUGGAUAUGCUUAUUUGUUUAAUUAAAACUACAUAAAUUUGUACUUUGAUGUCAUUCAUAAAUCUUUUGCUAUUUGUAAUUGAUAUACAUUUAUACUAAAUAAAUUUAUUCUUAAAUACAUAUUUGAGUUUUUGUAUGCAUAUGUUAUGCUAUUUGUAAUUGAUAAACUAUUUUCUAAUUCAUACUACAUAAUUUGUAUUUUUAUAUCAUUCAUAUUUUUUAUGCUUAUUGUAAUUGAUGUCUUUUUACAAAAUUACUGUAUUCUUAAAUACAUAGUCCCUACUUAUAUUUUUUGUAUGCAUAUAUUAUGCUAUUUAUAAUUUAUAUACUAUUUGCUAAUUUAUACUAUUCUAAUAUAUUAUCAUUUUUUUUAAAUUGAUAAAUAAUAUUUUCUAAUUUAUACAAAACAGAUAUUUUAUUAUGCCAGUAUUUUUAAGUUCGUGUAUUAUACAUUCGCCGCCUCCCACCAUCGCCCCUUAACAAUUCUUGUAAACGCCUUACAGAUCGGAUUUAUGUAUUUAAGUAUGAAAUCUAUCGAAAUUCUGAGUCACAAGAUACAAGAUAUUUUAAAAUUUUUAAAGAGCUAAAAGAUAUAAGAAUAAAAUAGAAACAAGAGGCUCUUGUCCUUCAAUCAGAUAAUUUCAAAAUCGGCUUUCGUCCAUGGCAUGGAGAUUCGAUAUGAUAUUUAGGUGAGUUCAGGUUCACUUCGAAUUUGAUAACAUUACAAAUUUUAUUGAACUUCUUUCCAUUUCGAUAUGGUAUUUAGGUGAGCCCAGGUUCACAUCGAAUUUGAUAACAUUACAAAUUUUAUUGAACUUCUUUCCAUUUCGAAGUGAUGGAAACUUUUAAACAUGACACUACAACUUGUAACGCUUAAGCGAAUAUUUUCUUCCCUGAGGAAAUGUGUAUUUUGUAUAAGCGGCAUUUAGUAACUGGGUGAGAAUAACCCAUGACGUAAUAACCCAUUCUCUCGUCUUUAUCAACGAUGAUUCAAUUAUUCCUAAAAUUGUACGUAUAUUAAUUACUAUUUGUACGUAUGGGCAGCGGGCGGCCAUUUAUCUUAAGCUUUAAUUUGUUUGUUAUCUUAAUUUCUAUUUUUAUAAAAAAAAAAAAUGAGCUUGUAAUAUCCAAAAGAAAUAAAGUUUGUUUAAACCA